UUUUUUUUUUCGUUUUCUCUUACAUAUAUGUUUGUUUAAUGAAUUCACUCGUUUUCCCCUUUCGUUUACUCUGCACCGGUUUGCCAUUUUCUACUCCAUAACACAUCUAUCUAAAUCUGUGAUUUCAAGCACUCGAAUCCUCUCCUAUGGCUAUUUCUUGUUUUUCUUCUUCUCCUCGCACUUGGAGUUACAAUGUCUUCACGAGCUUCCAUGGACCAGACGUCCGUAAAACUUUUCUCAGCCAUUUACGGAACCAGUUUGACCACAAUGGUAUCACGAUGUUCGAUGACAAUGGGAUCGAAAGAAGUCAGAACAUCCCCUCUGCUCUCACACAAGCAAUUCGAGAAUCGAGGAUCUCGAUCGUAGUGCUCUCGAAGAAAUAUGCUUCUUCGAGGUGGUGCUUGGAUGAGCUAUUGGAGAUUUUGAAGUGCAAAGAAGAGGUAGGUCGAAUAGUGAUGACUGUCUUCUAUGGAGUUGAUCCAUCUGAUGUGCGGAAACAAACCGGAGAUUUUGGGAUCGCUUUCGAGAAAACUUGUGCUCGAAAAACGAAGGAGCAUGGAAAAAAAUGGAGCGAAGCUUUGACCUAUGUGGGCAACAUAGCCGGAGAACACAACUGGGAUAACGAAGCUAAAAUGAUUGCGAAGAUUGCAAGAGAUGUUUCAGAUAAACUGCACUUCACACCGUCUAGGGAUUUUGAUGGAAUGGUUGGACUAGAUGGUCAUCUGACGAAAAUGGAGUCUUUGCUAAAUUUUAGUUAUGUUGGAGUUAGGAUUGUUGGAAUAUCUGGUCCUGCAGGCAUUGGUAAGAGUACAAUUGCCAGAGCUUUACACAAUCGAUUCUCUAACAGGUUUCAACUUACUUGUUUUAUGGACAACUUUAAGGAAAACUGUAAGAUUGGAGUUGAUGACAUUGGUUUGAAGUUGCACUUACAAGAACAGCUUCUUUCUAAGGUUUUGAACCUAAAUGGUAUUAAGAUAUGCCAUUUAAGUGUGAUACAAGAAAGGCUACACGACAAGAGGAUUCUUAUCAUUCUUGAUGAUGUGGGCAGUCUAGUGCAACUAGAAGCUUUGGCUAAUAUCGAUUGGUUUGGUCCUGGAAGUAGGGUCAUCGUUACCACUGAAAACAAAGAGAUUUUGCAACAACAUGGUAUCAAUGAUAUAUACCAAGUGGGUUUUCCAUCAAAAAGCGAAGCUCUAUGCAUCUUUUGUCUGUCUACUUUUACGCAAACGUCUCCAUCGGAUGAAUUUAUGCAGCUUACCAAUGAAGUUGUUAAAAUUUGUGGUAAUCUUCCAUUGGGUCUACAUGUUUUGGGGUCUUCAUUACGGGGAAAGAGUAAGGCUGAUUGGGUAGAUGAACUACCAAGGUUGAAAAACUGUCUUGAUGGAAGAAUUGAGAGUGUAUUAAAACUGGGCUAUGAGAGUUUACAUGAGAAAGACCAAGUUCUAUUUCUCCUCAUUGCAGUCUUUUUGAAUUACGCACAUGUUGAUCAUGUGAUAACCAUGCUUGCAAAAACUGACUUGGAUGUUAGUCUUGGGUUGAAAAUCCUAGCAAAAAGAUAUCUCAUACAACGCAAAAGUAAUAUAGUGGUAAUGCACCAUUUGCUACAAGUAAUGGCUAGGCAAGUCAUUUCCAAACAAGAACGUUCCAAACGUCAUAUUUUAGUCAAUGCCAAUGACAUAUCUUAUGUUCUAGAAAUGGCAAAAGGCAAUGGAUCAAUUUUAGGUGUAUCAUUUGAUGUAUCUAAGAUCAGUGAAUUAAGGAUACGUGCGACAGCUUUUGAAAAAAUGUGCAAUCUUGCAUUCCUGAAAGUGUACAAUGGGAUGCAUAAUGAAAAAAUACAACUGCACAUUCCAAAGGAGAUGAAGCUUCCACGUUGCUUAAGGUUACUACAUUGGGAGGCAUACCCGAGAAAGAGUCUUCCUCAUAAACUUUGUCUAGAGAAUCUUGUCGAACUCAAUAUGGCAUAUAGCGAGCUCGAAAAGCUAUGGGAAGGAACUCAGAGCAUGUUUAUCGGUGGAUUUGAGUAA